GUUUCGUUUAUUUCAUUUUAUUAACUAUAUAAAGUGUGGACCCACAAUCCCUGGUGAACAGAACCGCAGUGGAUUAUGGAGGUGGCCUGCACGAAUAUAACACAUAAGAAGUCGGUUAGGUGGGCGCCGGAUUUAAGCUCUUUUUUUCGUCUCGAAUGGACAGUUACACAGGAAAGUCGUCACUGAUAUAUCGAUGAUCGUGUAAAUGGGUAACGUUGUGAUUGUUGAAUUAAUGGAGUUCCUGCAGCAAAUCACUCGGUCGUUAAGAUUUGCUCGGGCUGUAGAACUUCCUGCAGAUCCUAAUGCUGCUGCAUAUGUUUUAAUACCAAUGGUCAUAGGAAAUCAACAUAGAUCUGUAUCUGACCUAUUAGCAGCAUCAACUUUUGAUGUUAAUUACCCAUUUGGAAGAGCUCAAAGAAAUCUUUUACAAAUAGCUGCAAAUUGUGGAGCUUAUGAAUGUUUGGUUCUUCUUUUGAGAAAAGGAGCCAAUGUUAAUUAUCAAGAUAUUGCUGGAUGCACUGCAUUGCAUUUAGCAGCACGAAAUGGACAAAAAAAGUGUUUAACAAAAUUAUUAGAAUAUAAAGCUGAUGUAAAUAUACGANGGUCGGCCCGCGAGGACCGACACUACCGUCAGGGCUAA